AUGGGUAUCUGGGACGCCUUCACCGGCAAGAAGACGCAGAGCGCGUCGUCGUCAUCGACACCCGAUGGCUUCGUAGACUCGCCCACAGGGAGCGUACAACCGACCUUCCACACGCCCACAGCAGAAGACGUCGGCUCCUUCAUCAGCACGCCAGGCGCGUUCGACCCGUCAGCGCUGCAUCCGCUCGCCGGCCUGGAUAAAGACACCCUCGACUACAUCACGCUCGACGAAGACGUCUUAUCAGAUCUCCCCGGUAGCCGAUCCCUCCUGCCAUCGCGAGGAUGGUCAGAUGAUCUUUGCUAUGGCACGGGUGUCACAUAUCUCACUGCGCUCUCGAUAGGGGGAGCUUGGGGCCUAGCAGAAGGUCUCAGUAGAUUGCCGGCCACCGCGCCGCCCAAACUCCGUCUGAACUCCGCGCUCAACGCCAUCACUCGAAGAGGACCCUUCUUGGGCAACUCGGCGGGCGUCGUGGCAAUGAUGUACAAUGGAAUCAACAGCACAAUCGGAUACUACCGAGGGAAACAUGAUGCGCUCAACAGCGUAGUGGCAGGUGGAAUCUCAGGCGCCAUGUUCAAGAGCACGCGGGGUAUACGGCCGAUGAUGAUAUCGGGAGGCAUUGUGGCCUCAGUAGCGGGAACUUGGGCAGUAAGUGUGAUCGGACCAGUGAUGAGCGCAGCACUGCAAUACUGACUUCUCAAAGUUCACAAGGAAGUUGCUCUUUGAAGAAUAA